AUGAGCCGCUUUGCGCCGUGGUCACAAACGGCCCUUGACGACGGGCGGCCCGGCGGGGGCCGCGGGCCCGGGAGCCCCGCCGGGGCCCAGGCCAUGGCGCUGCUGCUGCUGCUGCUGCCCGCGCUGCUGCUGCUGCUCCUGCUGCUGCUGCUGGCGGCGCUGGGCGCCGCGCUGCUCGAGCUGCCCAGCUACGAGAUCCCGCGCGGCGUGAACCAGCCGGCCAAGCUGCGCCUCGUCCUGGCCCUGCUACUCGGCACCGCCGCCCUGGGGAAGAUCUUGGAGAAGACGGGAAUUUGCAGUCAAAUCACUUUUGGCCGAUACAUGCGAAGGGGGAGGAGACUAGCCGUGGAUCCGAAGCUUUUUAUCCAGGAUCUGCAGUUUAAGAAAGUACCUGUGAGGGUUUAUCAGCCUACAGCUCCAUCUCAUGGGCGAAGAAGAGGUAUCAUCUUCUUUCAUGGAGGAGGCUGGGUAUUUGGAAGUCUUGAUACCUAUGAGAAAGUGUGCCGCUACAUAGCCAGAGAAAGUGAAUCGGUAGUUGUAUCUGUUGAGUACCGCUUAGCUCCUGAGCACAAGUACCCUGCYGCGUAUGAAGACUGYCUCAAUGCCACCCUACACUUUAUGAAGAACAUUGAGCACUACGGGGUGGAUCCUGCCCGCAUAAUUGUCAGUGGGGACAGCGCUGGGGGCAAUCUAGCAGCUGCUGUUAGCCAGACCCUUGCAAGCAGAUCAGACCUCCCAAAACUACGGGCACAGAUCUUGAUCUACCCAGGCCUUCAGGCUCUGGAUUUCAAUUUACCAUCGUAUCAGCAAAAUCGGGCAGUCCCUCUCCUACUCAGAGAACGUGCCGCUUUCUUUGCCUUGCAGUACCUAAAUGGGGAUGCAUCGCAUGUGGAAGAGGUCUUGGAAGGCUCUCAUAUUCCUGCAGAUGUUAGGCUGAAGUAUAGGAAAUGGGUGAGCGCAGAUAACAUCCCUGAAGAGUUUAAGACCAGAGGUGUGAAGACGCUUGCGCCCACAGAUUGCAUAGCUGAAGUCUAUGAGUCAGUCAAAAGGUUCUGUGAGCCCAACCUGUGUCCACUGUUAGCUGAAGAUGCUACUGUUCACCAGCAGCCUGAGUCUUUCAUCUUGACGUGCGAGUAUGAUGUGCUGAGAGAUGAUGGUUUGCUGUACAAGAAGAGAUUAGAGGACAACGGUGUCCCAGUGACCUGGUACCACAUUGAGGAUGGGUUCCAUGGCAUCAUAAGCCUUCAUGAUUACUGUGGGUUUUCGUUUCCAGCUGGAAAAAGGGGACUGGACAGCAUAGUUAACUUCAUAAAAGGCUUAGAAUAGGCAUCUUACGCUCCCGGAGUCUAUUAAUGCCUCARUCUCGGAAAAUAUCUUUUUAGGACACUCUAGUAUCAAGUGUUGGAUAAGUAGUCAAUCAAGGGCCAUUAAAAAGGAUAAACAAGGUUCAUGUGAAUCUUAUUCCUGUUGUUGGACCACUGAGUGUUAAAACCUUUGUUAUACAUGCUUGUUCCAGGCUGAAAGAUUUUAUCUUUAGCUAUUUCAAUAAAUAAGAACAUUGUUUUGAC